UCUUUUUUUUUUUCCCUUAGAUCUGUUCUGAGGACCAAGAUUCAUUUGGGAGAUGGUUACAGAAUUGAACCAUGGAUUUCUCUCUAAUCAAGCAGACAGUUCAGGAGACAGAGUUCAAGGAUGAAUGUUUACUGUGGCAGUGAGAGUGACAGACUGUUGCACCAGGAGGCCGGCUGUCUCAUGGACGAAAACUCAGCUGCAGCCCAAGAAAAAGAAGCAAAUAGCCUCGUUUCUUCUGGCCUUCAAAAUCUUACUUAUCCUCUAGGUUCCAGGAGUGAUGACCUUUCACUUGACUACGCCUCUCAGCCAGCAUAUCUUCAGUUCCCUCACAUAAUGCCACUUCCUGAAGACUUCAAAGGCUCUUGCUUCCAGAGUGCGAAUAAACGGAGCCAUGAACCCUUUAUUGCUCCAGAACGAUUUGGAAAUAGCACUGUGGGCUUUGGCAGUGGUGCUCAUUCCCAGGCACCAGAGAAAGUGACACUUCUUGUAGAUGGCACACGCUUUGUAGUGAAUCCACAGAUUUUCACUGCUCACCCGGAUACAAUGUUGGGAAGGAUGUUUGGACCAGGAAGAGAGUAUAACUUCACAAGGCCCAAUGAGAAGGGAGAGUAUGAGAUUGCCGAAGGAAUCAGUGCAACUGUAUUUCGAACGGUGCUGGAUUAUUACAAAACUGGUAUCAUCAAUUGUCCUGAUGGCAUCUCUAUCCCCGACCUUAGAGAUACAUGCGAUUAUCUCUGCAUUAACUUUGACUUCAACACUAUCCGGUGUCAAGAUCUGAGUGCUUUAUUGCAUGAACUGUCUAAUGAUGGUGCUCACAAGCAGUUUGAUCACUACCUCGAAGAGCUGAUCCUGCCCAUCAUGGUGGGCUGUGCCAAGAAAGGGGAGCGAGAGUGUCACAUCGUCGUGCUGACCGAUGAGGAUUCUGUGGACUGGGAUGAAGACCACCCCCCUCCCAUGGGGGAGGAGUAUUCCCAAAUUCUUUAUAGCUCCAAACUCUAUAGAUUCUUCAAAUAUAUUGAGAAUCGGGAUGUUGCUAAAACAGUGUUAAAGGAACGGGGCCUGAAAAACAUUCGUAUUGGAAUUGAAGGUUACCCCACCUGUAAAGAAAAAAUAAAGAGGCGACCUGGUGGUCGGUCUGAAGUAAUCUAUAAUUAUGUGCAGCGCCCCUUUAUCCAGAUGUCGUGGGAAAAGGAAGAAGGAAAGAGUCGCCAUGUGGAUUUUCAGUGUGUUCGAAGCAAAUCCCUCACUAAUCUGGUAGCUGCUGGAGAAGAUGUCUCAGAGGACCAGGAGAUACUAAUGCAUCACCCACCUCAAGUGGAUGAACUGGACAGGCUAAAUGCCCCACUGUCUCAGAUGGCUUCUAAUGACAUUCAGGAUUAGAGCCGCUGUGGGUCCUCCCUUGGAGCUUCUUUCUGGGACAUCCCCUGCCCGUCCUCCCAUGGUUGUCUUGCCCUGAGUAGAAGACAUGCUUCUCCCCUAUCAUCUUUCCCCUUUCUCCCAUAAGUAAUGUGUGUCCUUUGCUGUGCCUCUGGCACAGGGGGUAAAAAAGCAUUCACUGGUGACUAAGCUACCAGCUUUGCAGCAGCCCUGGUAGCUUAAAAGUUUUGGUUGGGUCUGGUGCUGUUCACUGAAUCUUUGUGUAACUGCAAAAGCAGGUAGGGAGGUCAGGACGCCUGAUGCCUCAUUCGGCAAAGCUGUCCUCAUCCUUUAUACUCUGUUCUUGGUUUUUGUUUUGUUUGUUUUAUACAGGCAAAUUACUUAACAGCAAAGGGACCAAAUUUAAAAGGAGACAAUCUCUAUUACAAGCGGGCACUGAUGGGAUGCUCACUAGAUAUUAAAGAAGAUGCCAGUCCUGGUAACUUCUAUACCACAUGGAUUUUGGGGAGAACUGGGCUGUCAUUCAUAAUAUCUAAAAGGAAAUUCUUAAGAGCUUAAAACUCAGUCCUUUUUUUUUUCUCUCUCUUUUUCAUUAAUGCAGUGAACAAUCCAAAACCACAGAUUACUGACAGGAGGACAAAGGCAUAACAGUGUUUAUGAAGCCUUUUUAGUGUCAAGGUUUUUGAGCCUAAACAAAUUAUUUGAAAUGAACUCACUCUCAAGAACCGCCCCACCAAAUCAGGCCCUUUUGACUACCCUGGCUAUUAGGAUAUUUCACUUUUUGAAAUAGUUCAUCCGCUGUUCGCACGAUGACUAAGAAAAUGAUACUCUUUGUCCCCAAGCAAGGGUGAGUUGGAGGGACAAUGGUAUCGUAAUUUUAAUCUGCCAGCUCUGUUCCAGAAGCAUGUGUGUCACAGCUCUUGAUCCCAGCCCCCCAGGACUGACCACCUCCCUUGGUGUCUCCAUGUCUGUUAACAGUAGAGAUGCAUUUAGAGUCUAGAGCCUGAAGUGUGUGUCCUGGGAGUAUCUCUCAUUUUGUGGAAGAAGUUGUCCUUCCAAACAUCUACCCAGUGUGCAGUCACCUCGGGUUCCUUAGGUGAGAACGAUUGGCUUUCUUAAAUUCCAUCUAGGAUUCUGUGGGGCACUGAUUAUUCCAUUUUAUGACCACCCUAGUUACAAUCCUCCAGAGGUAAGAUUCAGAUGGGUGUUCUCCUUCCUGGCUUGAAGGACAGGAGAGUUCUUAGGGCGUGUUCUCUGCGUGUGCCCAGGAUCAGUGGACACCAGGCUGUGUUCCUACUCAGAGUAGUAGCAUGGGUUAGAUGGAGACCCCCCUCGCCUAAUCUUCUGAUUACCCUUGGCAUCCAUUUGCAAGGCCAUGGGCCAGGGUGUUAGGCUUUGGAUUAUUUUUGUAGCCAGAGUUUAAUUUCUAUGAAACUGACUCCUAUUUGAGGUCAGUCUUGGCUUUGAACUUACUAGUACUGCAAUACCCAGUAGUUGGCCAGCCCAGAUAAUUGUUUAAUGGUGCUUUAUGCUUUUCAUUUUAUUUCCAUGCCAUCACAGAGGAAACUUGAAUGAAUUGUCUGUAUAGUCUGUAUGUAUAACUUGUUGUAUAGUUUCUGUAUUAUUCACGUGUAAGUAUAAAUGUGUCACAACUAACACCUAAAAUUAGCUAGUCAUUGCUUAGGUAGAAAGCCACGUAUGAAAAGUAUGGCUUGUGCUUAAUACUCUGUUAUAGGUAAGUGAUUAAAUUCCUCAGGCUUGCAAGAACUAGGUCUUUUCCCCCACCAAAAUUGGGUUAAUGUGCUUUUGGCCCUAAACCCUGGGGUGUGAGUGAGCUGGAAUCUGUGGCGGUAACUCCGCGUCACCAGGUGGUGGCACCCGAGGGAAAAGUUGGGCCCACAGGUCCUGUUGGAGGAAGAGGCAGGGUUUCUUCUGCAGCACAGCCUGGAGCUCAGCGUCACUGUCAUCGUGCGGCCCCCCCAGCCACAGCUGCUCUGUGGCAGGGCCAGGACACUCUGCAGUGGCAGGACCUCAGUUCUCAAGAAGAGCUGGACUGUCAUUUCCUUCAGAGUCAGUUACUGAUCGGCCGGGCAAAGGAACUCAGGUUUGGUAUUUUUUUCUCUAAGUGCCUAAAUAAGUAAGCCGGGCAGUUUAUACAGAAACAUUUCUGUAAGAAAAUGGUUUUGCUCAGAUGUCUUAAAUUCAGAGGCAUGCCAUCAAUUCAAGAUGAACCUGACCUUGAGAUUUAGAAUAUGAGUUUGCAUCAUGUUAUAUAUGAUCAACUGGGAAACAUCUACCAUUGAAAGCUGGAGAUAGGGCAAAGAGCACCAAAGCCUGGCAAGUGAGAUUACUGAAUGGUUAAGGUAUUGAAAGAUUAACAGCAUAAAGGGUAGGGAAGAAAGUGAUUGGGCUCACUGCAGAGUAUGCAGCGGCUAAUAUUAAACCAAACUGAACAGUGCGAGAUCUGAGGCGUACAGAUCUAUGAGGAACUGGAGCAGCCCAGGGAGAGUGGGUGUAUUUGCAAAUAAAGUUCCCAUGGGUCCUUCUGUAAGUAAAAACAAUCAGCACAGGCUUUAAUUCAGACUGUCACAAAGUGAGACCUGGAGUCUGUCAGUUUUCAGUAGAAAGAUGAGAAUUUCGUAUUCGAUGCCACUUCUUGCCAUCAUUUUGAAAUUAAAAUGGGCAUGGCAGGUUCAAAAAGCAAACCUAAUGCCCUUGCUGGAGACAGAGCCACACUGACACCCUGGGCGGGAUCCCCUGUGCAGGAGGACAUUACAUUUUCUCUUAAAGGCAAAAUGUGUGUAGAUUUUGCCUCUUUACUUUGUAUUUACUUUUAAUUGCACUUGUUCACCUACCAGUGUUUACGAAAUCCUAUAUUUGGGAUGCCUUUUCUAUAAUAAAAUAUUAUCAUUGUGUGUC